AUGACUUCAAAAAAUAGGCAUGACUUCAGCUUAGAUGUAGAUCUUCAAGACAUUCACAUAGUGACUCCCACUGUUAGGGAAGAAGAUGUUGUUGGAAGAGAUGAUGACAAAAUGAAAAUCAUAAAACUUUUGUUUGAAAUGGAAACUGAGAAAAAUAUAGGUAUAAUUCCUAUAGUUGGUGUUGGAGGCCUGGGAAAAACAACACUUGCACAACAAGUUAUCAAAGAUUCAAAGGUUAAAGACCAUUUUGAGCCCAUAAUGUGGGUAGAUGUACCUAAGGUUUUUCACGUGGAGUCAGUUGUCAAGGAAAUUAUUAACCCUGGAGUUAAAGAUGAGAGGAAAAUGCAUCAAUUGCAAAAUGAUCUUGAAGAAAAAAUAAAAGGAAAGCAAUACCUCCUUGUCCUUGAUGAUGUGUGGGGUAUUGAAAAUCGAGAAAAAUGGUUGGAGUUGGAAACCUUGUUAAGGGAUGGUGCCAGUGGAAGUAGAAUAAUAGUAACCACCCGUGAUGAAAAGAUUGCACACAUUAUUAAUGGCCCAGAGGGAUUAGCUCAUUUUUUAGGGACCUUAGAUGAAGAGAAGUCAUGGUCUUUGUUUAAAAAAUUGGCAUUUAUGCAAGGGCAAGAGCCAAACGAUCGCAACCUUGUGGACAUUGGAAAGGAGAUUAUGAACAAAUGUGGAGGAAUUCCUCUUGUUAUAAGAACAAUUGCAAGUAUGUUAUAUUCUAUAAAUCAUGAAAAGUGGUCAUCUUUCAAAGAAAAGGAACUAUCAAUGGUAUCAGCUUAUUAUGAAAAUGUUAUACCCAUACUUAAAUUGAGCUAUGAUCAUCUCCCAGCACAAUUGAAACAUUGUUUUGGCUAUUGUAGCCUUUUUCCUAAAAAUUAUGUUUUUAGUGUGGGAAGGCUAAUAAAUCUUUGGAUGUCUCAAGGAUUUAUUAAAUUAUCAAAUGAUCAUAACCAAUGUUUCGAGGACAUGGGUUAUCAAUAUUUUCAAGAUUUACUUUAUAGAUCAUUUUUUGAAGUAGUUGAAAUUGAUGAUGAUUCUUCGAAGGUAACAGAAUGUAAGAUGCAUGAUUGUAUGCAUGACCUUGCAACAUCAGUGAUAGGAACGAAAGGUCUCAUAUUAAGUCCGAAAGAUGAAAAAAUUGAUAAAAGAACUCGUCAUGUAUCACUUUGUUUUACUUUGGAGCCACUGCAAGUUCAAGCUUUAUUGGUGAAUGCAAAAAAGAUUCGAACAAUUUUUUACGGUGGAUAUUAUGAAACAGGGAUGUUGGAGAAAUCAAUUCUAAAAUGCAAGUUUCUGCGGACUUUGAAUCUUCAGCGUUCACGUCUUAAGAUAAUACCUGAUGUUAUUGGCAAGCUAAAGCAUCUCAGGUAUCUUGACCUUUCAAGGAAUUUCAUGAAGGCAUUGCCCAAUUCUAUUACAAGGUUGCAAAAUUUGCAAACACUAAAUGUGUCCUAUUGUGAGAAUCUUCAAGAAAUACCAAGUGGCAUUACAAAAAUGUUCAACCUUCGACAUCUUCAUAUUGAAAGUGAUUCUGAUAACACUUUACAUGGUAUGCCAGGUGGGCUAGAUCAACUGACUAAUCUACAAAGGUUGUCAUUACUUCCACAAGGGAGUUUAAGGAAACAACAGAAUAACGAAUCCUUUUUCCUGCAUCAUAUAUCCAAUUUGAAAACUCUAGAUAUGAUUGAUAUUGAUGAUCUGCAACAUUUACCAGAUGGGUUGAAAAGCUUCACUUGUCUCCAGAAGCUGAGAAUUUCAAGAUGUUCAAAGUUGGAAUCUUUAUCUCCUGGUCUUAACCAUCUCACAUCACUUCAACGAUUGGAAAUUCGGUUUUGCGACAAUUUAGAGAUGUCAAAUGGUGGUAGUGAUGCAACAAUUCCAUGGCAACGCUUUCAAAGCCUUUCUGUUUUGAGUUUGUAUGGCCUUCCAAAACUAGUUGCUCUCCCUGAGGGGCUUCAACAACUUACUACCCUCCAAGAAAUUGAAAUUUUCAAAUGUAAAAACUUGGAGUUUCUUUUGGAAUAUGUCAUCAACCUGAAAAAAUUAUCUGUUGUUUAUUGCCCCAAAUUGAAGUCGCUGCCUGAAGGGAUCGGUUCCCUAGAGACACUGGAAAUCAGAAGAUGUGAUCCCAUCUUGUUGGAAAGAUGCCGAGAUGAUAUUGGGGAUUAUUGGCCUUUGAUUUGCAACAUCAAUCAGCUGAUUUUGUCUCCAGUUGAAGAAGAAGAGGAGCAUAGUCGGGGAGAAAAGGUUAUUCUAUUCGAAGAAUCGAUUCCAACGAAUAGCGAAUCCUUCUUCGACCAUUUAUCCAAAUUGAAAGAUCUAACUUUCAGUCGUAUUGAGGAUCUGCAGCAUCUACCGGAUGGGUUGAAAAGACUCACUUCUCUUGAGUAUCUGAUGAUUGAAGAUUGUUCAAAGUUGCAAUCUUUAUCUCCAGGUCUUUACCAUCUCACGUCACUUAAACAAUUGUACAUUUUUGAUUGUGAGGAGGUAGAGAUGAUGCCAAAUGAUGAUGGUAGUGAUGCAAUUAUGUGGCAACACCUUCAAAGCCUCUCUGUGUUGACGUUGUGGGGACUUCCAAAACUAGUUGCUCUGCCUCAAGGGCUUCAACAACUUACUACUCUCCAACAAAUCAAUAUUUCUGAAUGUGAAAAUUUGGAGGCUGUUCUGGAAAAUAUCAGCAACCUCAAAUCUCUGAAGAAAUUAGUUAUUGAGAAUUGCCCAAAGUUGAAGUCGCUGCCUGAAGGAAUCGAUUGCCUCACCUCUUUAGAAACACUGAUAAUUGAACGUUGUCCCAUUUUAUUGGAAAGAUGCAGAGAGGAUAAGGGCGACUAUUGGCCUAAGAUUUCCCACAUCAAACAGCUGGAGCUGGAGCCGAUAAAAGAAGAACAACAAAAAAUUGAUCCGCAAGAGGAAUCCAGCUCUUCCAAAACUCGUGGGCUCUUCAAUUUUGCGAAAAUUUUCAAGCAUUGAGUAAACUAAUUAACCUUCAACAAUUAAUUAUGUUCUUAUGUAUUCAACUUCUUUAAUGGGAAUCCAGCUCUUCAAAAACCUGUGGGCUUUUCAAUUGUGCAAAAAUUUUCAAGCAUUAAAGAGAAGGAGGCUAAUAUUGAUGUUAGCAUGGGUGGGUGAGAGAGGAGAAGUAAGUGGGGACUGGAGUGAUGGUUCAGAAUGAGAAAGCAGAGCUGAUGGCACUGCACUUUGCAAAACAAACAAGGUUGCAGUUACUGUGAGGUGGCAGUUUUUGGGGUUCUGAAUUCGUGGCAAUACAAUGUUUCUUAGUUGAAGAUAUCAAGUUGAAAUUGAGGACCUUGGUUUUCCAAAUAAAGAGAUCAUUAUGCAGGUGAAUAUGACAGAGUUGAUGUAUAAUAUGAUGGGUGCUUACUUUUUGCACUUAAAAGAUUAAAUUUUGUCUGGUGUACUUAUUGAAGUGUUACCUAAAGAGACCGUUCAUCACAGUGCUUGCCAUGAAGACCAUUAUUGCCAGAGAGUUGGACUUAAAAUCAGUGAAAUGCUUGCUAGGGUUGAAACUUGCAUUCUUUGUGCACCAUGGACAUAAAAUGGGAGAACUUGUUAUAUGCAGUUACUGAAAGAUAGAAGAUGCUACUGAAGAUUUUGGCAGAGACCAUAGUUACUCAGAGAGAGCAGAUGCUACUGAAGAUUUUGGUAGAGGCUGUGGAGGUGUAUUUAUAUAUUCUGAAGAUUUGGCAGAGCUGUGAUGCAGUUAGAGAGCAAAUGAUGCCACUGAAGAUUUGGUAGAGGCCAGAGCCCAUGGAGAGACUGCCAAUAAAGAAGAUAUACAAAAAUUCAGCAAAAGGAAUGUUUAUCCUGUGGCUUAUGGGGGACAUAGAUUCUCUAACAUUUGUUGAAAUAAUUUUUGGCAAAAGGGAGCAUGAGUUUUGAUAUGUUUCUAUUAUUGGGGAGGACUGAAUUCAUGGGGACAAAAUUGUUGAGGGUCAGAGGUGCAAUAAGAGGCUGAAUAAGAAACAGAUCAUUAUGCAGGUGAAUAUAAUAGAGUUGAUGUAGAAUAUGAUGGGUGCUUACUUUUUGCACUUGAAGAUUAACCUUCGUCUGGUGUACUCAUUGAAGUGUUACCUAAACGGACCAUUCAUCACAAUGCUUACCAUGAAGACCAUUAUUGCCAGAGUUGGAAUUAAAAUCAGUGAAAAGCUUGCUUGGGUUGAAACUCGCAUUCUUUGUGCACCAUCGUUCCCCCUGCAUAUAUGCUCAUGCUGCUGCCCUUCCAAGCUUACUUUUAUUGGAGUGGAGACUUCUGACACUGGAUCAAUGACCAACGGUGCUUCUGUGGAUUGUGGAGGCACGGGAGAACGAGCAGGUAGAUGAAGCAUGCAGGCACCAGGUCUGAAUGCUGCUGUUAGCCCCUUGCCUGCCUGCAUACUAAGCUGUGCAUGAUUGCAAUGAUUACAAAAUGUACAACAGCAUUGUGAAGACAAGGCAACAGCUUAUGGCUAGUGUAGAUGAUGGUUCUUUAUAUCUGUGAAUUCCAGGAGGCUAAUAUCGAUGUUAGAAUGGGUGGGAGAGAGGAGGGAUUUGAAUGAGGGAGCAGAAGUAGGUGGGGACUUGAAUGAUGAUUCAGAGUAAGAGAGGAGAGCUGAUGGUGCGACACUUUGCAUAAACUUUUGAUAUUUUGCAUAGUUACUCUUUAAGGUUCCGGUUUUGGGGGUACUGAAUUCGCAGCAACACAAUGUUUCAUAGUUAAAGAUAUCAAGUUGAAACUGAGGACCUUGGUUUUCCAAAUAAUAAAGAGUUACUCAGAGCAGAUGAUAGCACUGAAGAUUUGGUAGAGGCCAGAGGCCAUGGAGAGACUUCCAGGAAAGAAGAUAUACAAAAAUUCAGCAAAAGGAAUGUUUGUCCUUUGGCUUCUGGGGGACAUGGAUUCUUUGGCAUUUGUCAAAAUAUGUUAUUGCAGAAGGAAGCGCGUAUGACUCUGUACCUUCUCUUUUGUACUCUGUUUUGUUUCAAUGUAGAUCCACAAUCACCAUCAAGCAACCAUUGUAGAAUUUCAGCGGCAAUCGAGCAACCAUAGUAGUAGAAGAAUAUUUAAGAAGACCAUGCUAAUGAAUGAAGAACUUGAAGAUAAUAAUGGAGGCUAAUACUGAUGUUAGAAUGCAUGGUUGGGAGACAGAGGGAGUUUUGAUAUGUUUCUAUUAUGGGGAGGACUCUGAAUUCAUGGGAACAAAAUUGUUGAGUGUCAGAGGUACUCUAAGAGGCUGAACGAGAAACAGAUUGUUAUACAGACUGUUCAUCACAAUGCUUACCAUGAACACCAUUAUGCCACAGAGUUGGAAUUAAAAUCAGUGAAAAGCUUGCUUUGGUUGAAGCUCAUUCUUUGUGCACCAUUAUGCCAUAGAGUUGGAUUCCCCCUGAAUAUUAUGCUAAUGUUGCUGCCUUUCCAAGCUUAUCUUUUGGAGCCGAGACAUCUGACACCAGAUCAAUGAUAAGCGGUGCUGGUGCAGGUGUGGAGGCAUGGGAGGAAGAGCGGGUAUACUAGGCAUGCAGGCACCAGGUCUUAAUACUGCUGUUAGGCCCUUGCCUGCAGACUAUUUAAUGCAUGAUUACAAUGAGUAUAGAAGGGCUAUUCUUCAUCUGCAUUGCUAUAUAUAUAUCAAGGAGUUAGGCAUAUAUGUUCAAAUUCUUCAUUAUCACCUUUUCCCAAUCACUUUUGCUAUGCUCUAAAACAGAAUAUAGUCUUAAUGAGUUUAGAUUUUUAAAGUUUCAACAUGAGAAGGAAGAAAGUUAUUUCUUAUAUUUGUUUUAUGUUAUUCGGUUGUUCAUUAAGGUUGUUGCCGAAUAUGAAUCUUCUCAUUUCUGGAUUAUAAAGGAGCUCUAUGCAUAUCACUAAUAA